AUGGCCUCACAGCCGCGGUCCUUCCUUUCCGCCGCGCCUCCGCUCAUCCCCGCCUCUCCGCCUCCCCCGCAGUUACCAUACACCCCUCCCCCGGCGGCUCCCUCCCCCCCGCCUCCCGCCAACUUUGCGCCACGCCCGCUUUCCGCCCCGCACCCGUUCUCCGCCCCGCCGUAUCCGCUCUCCGUUCCGCCGCAUCCGCUGCCCGUCUCCACGCGCAAGCCUGCAGCAAAAUGGGUCCGCCAGUGCUUUCGUGUGCUCGGCGCGCUAUGGCUCCCUCCAUACGCGUUACAGGGUGGUGCAGGAGACGGUUCUCAACAACGGCAAGUGCAAAAUGCGAGCAACUGCCUCUCCAUGCCUCAAUCCUUCUUUCCCUUCCCGCCCCAUGUGCUGCCCUUUCCCCCUCCCCUUUCUCCCCUUCUCCCCCCUCUCCCCCCUACCCUUCCGCGUCUUUCCCUUCCCCCAGAGGCGCCGGACCCCCCUCCUGCCAGCGCGCCCAGGUCCGCCUCGCCCUUCCAGCUGCACAUGCCGCACCUGCGCCCCUUCCCCCCGCCCCCUUUCCCCCCUGCUUCCUCCGCCACCCCUCCCCCCCCCUCCGCCUCAUCCUCCCGCGCGCCAGGCCCCUUCCCCGGCUUCCCCCAAUCGCCUGCCAACGCUACCCCUCGUGGUGCCACGUGGCAGGGUGCGAGUGGCGCUGCUGGUGCCUCUGGUGGGGCUGGUAUGGGCAUGGGUAUGGGCUAUAUGGGAAAUAACGCCUCCCCUGGUUACUACCCGCCUCCCCCUCGCCUCUCUAACAUGCCUCAGGUCACCCACAUGCCAAACCUCCCCCACAUGCCCAAUCUGAACCUUCCCCAAAUGGCAAACAUGCCAAAUAUGGCAAACAUUCCAAAUCUGCCCAACCUGCCCAACAUGCCCAGCAUGUCCCAUGUGCCGCCCAUGCCCAACCUUUCCAACGCCCCCUCGUCCUAUGGGGGCUCCUACUCUCAGCAGAUGCCCACUUUUGGCUACGGGCAGGUGAACGGGCAGGCUGGGCAGGUCCAGCAAAUGGGACAGAUGCAAAUGCAGCUGCAGCGGCAGCUGCAGCAGCCGGGGCAGAUGGGGGGUCAGCAGCAGCAGCAAAUGCCCCCUGGUCCUGGUGGGGCCAUGCAGGGGCAGGCAGGGCAAUGGCAGGGAGGGCAGGGCGGGCAAGGGGGAGGAGCGGACCCCACUCUGUGGGGCUCUCCCCUUGCAGCAACUCCACCACCAGCAACGCCAGCAGGAGCAGCAGCAGCAGCAGGAGCAGCGUUGAGAACGCCCUCUCCUCUCGCCCCUGUCGCCGCCCCCACCUCCCUGUCGGGCGGCGGGCCGACCAUCUUCCGCCUCUCCCUGCCCUCCGCCGCCCACCUCUCACCUUCUGCUGCCGCCCUUGCCGCCCGUGGCGGCAUGCCAGCAGGCGGCCCGUCAGGAAUGGCGGGCGGCGGGGCAGCAGGUGGGGCAAGUGGAGGCCAAUCAGGGCCGCCUCAUGACGCCCGCUCGCACUCUCCCGCUAUCCCACUGGGGCCGGGGCAAGGUUUAGGGUUGGGGCAGGGGCUAGGGCUAGGGCUGGGGCUGGGACAGGGAAUGCAGAAUCAGGGGGCAAUGGCGCAGGGGAGUGGCGGCGGCGCACUGCCUUUCCCUGGCGCUGGCGUAGGUGGUUCCCCUGCUGCUGUCAUGCCCGGGGGCAUGCAGGCGGGGGUGCAAGGGCAAGGGCAAGGGAGUAUGCCUGGGGCGCACGCACAUGCAGCAGCAGGGGGGUCGAUGCAGGGGCUGGCCAUGCUGCAGCUGCCCGCUGCUGCUCAUGGCAGUAUGGCGGGUGGUGCGGGCACAUACCCAGGGGGCGGGGGAGGUGCAGGGGGAGGGGCAGACGGAGGGGGGGGUGUGGGCAUGCAGAUGAGCGGAGGGGGAGCAGUGGUAGGGGAGGCAGGGAGGGGAGGAGGGGGGGCGUGGGGUGGAAUGGGCGCAGCCGCAGCAGCGGGAAUGGCCCCUGCAGGCUCCCCAGCUGCAGCAGGUGCUGCAAGCUCAAGCGCCAUUCCCAUGCCCAGUGCAAGUGGGUUGGGCUGCAUGCAAAGCGGUGCAGGUGGCAUGCAGAGUGGUGCUGCAGGUGCAGCAGGGGCGGCAGCGGGGGAGGAGCAGGUGACAGCAGCAAGCGGGGGUGGUAGCAGCAUAGGAACAGGCCUGGGCUUUGGUCUCUCUGCUUCUGGCAGUGCUGCUGGCGCUGCUGCUGCUGCUGCUACUGCUGCUGCUGCUGCUGCUGCUGCUGGGGUUGGCGGGCCAUUGGGUGGAGGUCCGUUUGUGUGCGGUGUGGAUGGGUGCGGAAAGGCGUUUCUGGAUGCGGGGGGGUUGAGGAAGCACUCGAACGUGCAUGGGGAGAGGCAGUUCAUGUGUCACUACGAGGGGUGUGGCAAGGUGAGGGUGUGGCAAGGUGAGAGGUCACCGUUAAAGAGAGGCAAAUCUGGUUUCCGCCAGACGUUCAUUUCGUGGGAGGAGACUGCGGAGCCGCUGGAGCUGUUUAUGUGCACGCGAGGGUAG